AUGGCGGAGCCCGAGCCUACAGAGGAACUGCCUCAGAUUGGUGGCGAUCCGCACAACGCCGUGCAGAUCAGGCCUGUGCGAACCACGUACGGUGAGGACAUCCCGGCAGGUGGCUAUGUUGUCAAGAUGGCCAAGUCAGCACCGCUGUCCGAUUUGAAGGCUGCCAUGACGCAGAAGCUCAGUAUCUCGGAGGACACGAUCACGUUCGCAUACGAGGGUGAGGAGAUGGAUGAGAAGAAAACCAUCAAGGAGAAUGGAAUCCCUGAGCCUGGACCUGCUGCUAGGCGAGCUGGUGCCAAGGUGGAACUGCUGUUCUUGAUUCGAGCUGGUGUCGAAAUCGGUGCGCAACGGGCUCGCAGAGAGGCGGCAGAGGCGGCAGAAGCGGAAGAACGUCGACGCCUUGAAGAGGAAGCCAUAAAGAGGAAGGAAGAGGAAGAGAGGCGGCAAAAGAUGGAAGAGGAACAGAAGAUGGCCGCCAAAAGAAAGGCUGAUGCCGAGGCUGAGCUUCGGCGACAGGAGGAAGCACGCAGGAACAACCGGUGCGUUCUACGCUGCUUAGAAAUUGGAGGAGGCGGUGGCAAGGAGCUAGUCACUGCCAGCAACUUGACGGUGAUGGAGGUUGCUCGCCAGCUGUGCCGAGAGCUAAACAUGCUCCGAGAUGAAGAGCAUCAAGGCGGAAUUGUGCUUCUCCACAAUGGCCAGCCACUUCCAGGACGCCAGACGCUUCAUGAUGCAGGCAUACGAAACAACGAUGAGGUGUACUACUUCUGGGGUGAGGGUGGCGAGGCGGUGGCGGAGCUCGGAUAG